UAAUUUCAACUUUCGGCUCCUAAAACCCUAGCGAGUUGCUUCCCUUCUUACUGAAAAUUUCACCUUUUUUUUUUUUUUUUUUGCUGCAAAGAUUUCAACUUUAUUCAAUUUCACAGUAAUUCACAAUGGAAGCAAAACUUGAAUCAGCCAAGAAAGAGGUUCUUGCUGAAAUCGUCAAGUUGGCUCAAAAGCGGGAGAUGAAAGGAAAUAAAGGAGGGUGGAAAGAUUUUUUGAGAUCGUACGACAAGAAGUUUGGGGUUAGCUUGAGUGACCCAUCAAAGAGGUCCAUUGAUGUGCUAUUAGCGUUUUUAAAGACGUUUACCCCAGACGACUUAAAGUUUUUUGACAAGGUGUUUCAGUGUCAUUCCAACCGAGAUGCUGUCGAGAAACUCCAAAAAAGUAACCCAGAAAGUGAAUCCAUUGAACAGAGACUGGUUCGUUUAACUUUUGAGCACCCUCAAUAUCCGACAGAUUACUCAUUUCCUUCACAUGAGAAGGACUGGUUAGUCACCAGAAGGAGCAAAAAGCCUAAGCACAUUCAAUCAAAAGCCAUGGUUGCAAUUGAUUGUGAAAUGGUACUUUGCCAAGAUGGAACUGAAGCUUUAGUUAGAAUCUGUGCUGUGGACCGUAAUCUAGAGGUUAGACUCAAUGAAUUUGUGAAUCCAAACAAACCAAUUGCAGAUUAUCGAACUGAAAUCACUGGAAUAACUGCUGGAGAUUUAGAUGGAGUUUCUUGUUCAUUGGCUGAUGUACAGACGUCCAUGAAGAAGCUAUUAUCACAUGGAACCAUAUUAAUUGGCCAUAGUUUACACAAUGAUCUUCGUGCUUUGAAGAUAGAUCACGCCAAAGUGAUUGACACAUCAUAUGUCUUCAAAUAUCAGGAUCAGCCUUCUAAUAGAAGACCUUCUUUAAGUAACUUGUGUAAGUCUGUGUUAGGGUUUGAACUUCGAAAGACGGGCUCUCCACAUAAUUGUCUAGAUGAUGCAUGUACUGCAAUGAAACUUGUUCUUGCCAAGGUUGAAGGUGGAGUUGAUAAUAUCAUACCAUUGGUUCGUGAAGAGGUGCAAGAGACCGAGACGGCAAAGCUACUUGUCCACAGAAUACCAGCAGCUGUUCAUAGUCAAGAGUUGCACAAAGUUAUUCCUGGAGACUUUACUGUGGAAGUCAAGGCUAAUAAAAAAGGGCAAGCAGACAAGUAUACUGCCUUUGUCAAUUUCAAAAAUCAGCAUGAGGCAAAUGAGGCAUUUGAUAAUCUUGAAGGCAACCAAGAAAAGGAUACCGGUGGACGACCACAGAAGCUCAUUUCAUUUCACCUUGAUUCCGGUAUAUCAGGGUCUUUUUAUGUUCGUAAGAUGGAAGUCAAUAAUUAUUCUAAAGAUACAGAGCUUGCCCCAAAGAAGAGGUCAUUUGAAGAUGAAGAGGCCGUGGAAGGAUCAAAGAAGCCGAGGAUAGAAGACCAAUCUACAGAGCUCAAGGAGGCCGGUGCAGGUUGUAAUCAGUGUGAAACUCAGUCGAAGGAGAUUGAGAGACUAAAGAAAGAACUAAGCCACAGAGACGAAGAAAUCUCCAACUUGAACAAACUCAUUGUUAACCUUGUGAGGAAGCAAGGAUUGUAACUCGUUCAAUACAUUUAUGGGCAACACCCCCAAUCGAAAACAGAUAGUCAUUUCCACACCAGAGGACUAUGCUUUACCUUUGUGAAGGACAAAGAUCUGCUAUUGUUUAAUAACUUUUGUUAGGCUGUUUCGUUUAGGACUGCCACAAGAGAAGGGUUAGGGUUAAGAAGAAUUUCCUCGUUGUCCAUGGAGGUUGUCUUUGGAGCUCUACGUACGGCAUUGAAUAGGAUAACAGCAAUUGCAGCCAAGAGUCAUACAAGACGGACUGGUGUUGGAAGUUCUUUUUUUUUUUCACUAGUUUGAUUUUUUCCUCCUGAAUUGCAGGCAAGAGCAAGAUCUCAAUUGUAACAGUGUUUUCACCUUGAUUUCUUCUCUGCUUGAGAUUAUCAGAUAUUUGUUAUUUUUGUACUGUUUCUUAAUUGAACAAAAAUGCCAAAUUACAUUUGUUUAAUUA